AAACAAGUCAGGUUUCAGGAACACCGCAUGAUCCUCCUGUCCACGCAUUCUCUUAUCCUUCAAGGCCAUUCACACUUCCUCCUCUCUCAAACCUCUCUCUUUCUUUCUCUGUCAACAAUGUCUACCAGGGUUUUCAUGCAUGAUUCAAUCGGUUCAACAGUGAAUGCGCGCGAAAGUUAUAAUAGUAAUAGUAGCUGGUUUUGCCAUAGACUUCAAGGUUUAAAAUCUAGAGGUGUCUUCUACCAUGAUAAUCCACUGGAGUUUGGGGGUCCAUUGCUUUUGGCUCAGCUCUCUAUCUCUGCCUUGUUGAGUGCUUUUGCACAGUUCAUUCUCACCCCUCUCGGUGAGAGUGCUUUCGUUUCUCAUAUGCUGGUUGGCAUAUUAAUGGGACCGACAAUUUGGGGCAAGAACAAUACUUUCCUGGGCAAAUUAUUUCCGCGGACAAGUUUCUACGUCAAUGAAACAUUUGGGUUCUUUGGGUGCAUGCUAUUCAUGUUCCUGGUUGGAGUCAGGAUGGAUUUGGGUAUGAUAAGUAGAACAGGAAGGAAAGCGGUGGCCAUAGGCGUUUUCACAGUCUUGUUUCCAGUGGGAAUAAACAUGGUCAUGGCUAGUCUCUUAAAGAAAAAUGUAAAGCUAGAUCCAGGAGUGGAAAAAUCUCUCUACUUCAUGGCAGCAUUGCAAUGUAUAAGCUCAUUUCAUGUAAUUGGCUGCGUGCUCGCUGAUUUAAAGCUCCUUAACUCAGAGCUUGGCCGGUUAGCUGCAUCUUCGUCCAUGAUCAGUGGAAUAGCCACUUGGAUAUGGAUGGUGGUAGGCUUAACUAUUAGACAAAGUAAAUACCGCGGGAGCACCAAUAAUUCACUUCCAUGGAUGUUCUUCUCUGCAAUGCUUAUGUUGAUGACAAUAGUAUGUAUUUUGAGACCCAUCAUGCAUUGGAUGAUUAGGCAAACAUCAGAAGGAAAGCCCAUCAAGGAAAGCUACAUAUUCUACAUAUUUCUCAUGAUGUUGGGAUGUGCUUUUUUUAGUGAAAUCAUUGGGCAGCACUUCAUGUUUGGACCCAUAAUCUUGGGUGUUGCCUUGCCAGACGGACCACCGUUAGGCUCUGCAUUGGUGAAUAAGCUUGAAUCCUUUGUUUCGUCUAUUCUAUUGCCAACUUUCUUUGUCUUCACUGGAGCUGGAAUUGAUCUCGCUAGCAUUCACGGUUUGACCUUCAGCAUCGUUGAGCUAUUGGCUUUGUGUAGUUUCGUUGGGAAACUUUUAGGAACCAUGUUGCCUUCUCUUUACAGCAAAAUGUCCCUAAUGGAUGCUUUCUCUUUAGGCCUUAUCAUGAGUGUCCAAGGCAUCACCGACGUCCUAAUGUUACAGCAGGCAGCACUACUCUAUAUUGUUGACAAGCAAUCUUACAGUAUGAUGUUGGCGUCAAUGGUGUUACUUACAGGAACAAUCACACCCAUAGUGAAGUUCAUCUACAACCCAUCAAAGCAGUACAUGUCCAGCAAGAAAAGAACAAUCCAACAAGCCGCCUCCAAUUCCGAGCUCCGUCUCUUGUCCUGCAUAUACCACCAAGACAACACUCCUUCCAUGAUCAAUCUCCUCAAACUCUCCCAUCCAACCACUUCUAACCCCAUCUGCUUCUACAUUGUCCAUCUCAUUGAGCUCGCUGGUCGGUUAUCCCCUCUCCUCAUAUAUCACAGGCCCGACAACCGGGACCAGGACUCGUUCCAGUACUCAAACCAGUCCGAUCACAUCAUUAAGGCAUUCAGACAAUUCGAGCUACAAAAACGCGGAACUCUCAUGGUGAAUCUGUUCACUGCAGUCUCUCCUUACGCAACAAUGCACGAUGAGAUAUGUACAUUAGCAUUGGAGAAGAGAGUUUCAAUGGUGAUCCUCCCUUUCCACAAGCAGUGGAGCCUCCACGGAACAGAGGAAUUCGCAAACCAGAGGAUUGUGAAUCGGAACAUAAUCCGCAAGGCUCCAUGUUCGAUUGGAAUCUUUGUUGAUAAAAGAACCCUAGGCGUGGUGACCUCUGUGUGUCGAAAUUUUUACAACAUCGGAUUAAUUUUCAUCGGCGGUUCAGAUGAUCGCGAAGCUUUAGCAUUGGCAACACGAAUGAGUAAUCACCCAGACGUGGCAGUGACAGUGAUAAGAGUGAUCGAUAUGAACGGGAAGAGGAGUCAUAGCCUGGAAAGAGAGCUUGACAGUGAUACAGUGGCCGAAUUCAAGGGCUCUAUAAAUAAUCAAAAGCAUCACAUCUAUAAGGAGCAGCUAGUGAAUGAUAGCGUAGACUUAGUUGGUGUGGUUCGAAGUGUUGAGAAUUCGUUUCAUCUGAUUAUGGUAGGGAGGUACCAUUCGAGUGAGUCGCCGUUGUUUAUGCGACUGACAGAGUGGAAUGAGUUUCCGGAGCUGGGGUACCUCGGAGACAUGCUGGUGGCAUCGGAUUCAGAAUGCGAGGCGUCUGUGUUGGUGGUUCAACAACAAAAGAUUGCAGGUGACGUUGGGAGUGUAAACCACAGACAUCUGGUAGAUGAAUUUGCGGUUGCGAGUACCCCUCGAUUCAAUGCCCAAGUGUGGCCACUUUCUUAGAUUAGAGCUCCAUGAAUCAUGGAGGUCUGGUCUGGUCUGGUCUGGUCUGGUCUGGUCUGUCUGGUACUCUGGUGAGUCUGGUCUCCAAGCGAAGAGAAUGCUAUCAGCCCAUAAGGCUAUAGCGGCCCAUUUGGCAGUAUUGUGGAUCCUCUUGAUCUUUCUAGCUUGCCUUUUAGCAAAUCAGGCCAAGCCCAAUCCCGCUACAAUAAAAUACUAGGCUGAAAAGAAGUUGAUUAGUUUAUCUUCCCUGCACGUAGAAAUUAAAUUUAGUGUAGAGAUGGAAACGUAAGAUCCAUAGAUUAAUUUAUGAGAGCCAGAACUUAAAUCGAUGAAGGGUGGUUGUCCCCGAAUUAAUCAACAAAAAUACUAUAAUAUUAAUUUGUUGAGAGAGCAUAAUAAAUAAUACUUCCGGGAAUCCAUGUGAGGACAG